AUGGAUGUUGACGCCGUGCUGCGUGCUCUGAAGGCCGUCUUCCUCUCCGCCGUCACCUGUCUUCUCCUGCCCAUCUACCCCUGCUUCAUCGUCAAGUUCGCGGCCGAGAAGGCUGCCGACGAGCGCAGGGCGGAGGGGCUCAUGCAGCCCAUCGUUGGCCUGACGCUGGCAGAGACCGAGGGCACAGACCGAACAGGGGGAAGAGGAGGAGGAGGAGGAGGCAGAAGAAGAAGAAGAAGAAAACGAAGAAGGCUUUCCAUCACCCCCUCCAUUCUCGAGGAAGGCCACUCCGGCCAUUGCGAAGAGGAGCAGCCGUCCCUCAAGCAGCCACACCAAGGACAGGUUCCUGUCGCCCAGGCUGCCGGUUCCCAGAUAUCUUCGAGCCCCGUCGUUCUCCCUAUCGCUUCCAUUCCCACUGCCGUUCGCCACCAAAUCCAAAUCUCCAUCUCCAUCUCCAUCUACAUCCACCACCAGUCCCCUUUCUUCACGCGGCUGCCGCUCGAGAUCCGCCUGGCCAUAUACCACCACGCCCUCGCCUGCCACCGCGUCCACCUCGUCCGAGUGUCCGGCAAAGUGGCCAGUUGCGCGUGUCCCGAGGGCGUCGAGCCGGGGUUCUCCUGCUUCGUGGGCGGGAGGGCCGACUAUGCGUGUCUGGCUGCCAGUUUCCGUCGGCCGGUGGUGGCCUAUGGCCCGGGGUCGUCGUCGGUGGCUGUCCCGUAUGAGCUGGAGGCGGCGCCCGUGGUGUUCGCGGACGGCGCGACGAGGGGCAUCGUGGGCGCUCUGGAUUUGUUGAGUGUUUGUCGGCGAGUGAAACAAAAACACAACACAACACAACAAAACAGCUACACCGAGGCAAUCACCGUGCUAUACAGGCACCUCACGUUCCAGAUGGACCUCAUCACCCUGCUCGCCCUCUCCAUCUCCAUCCCAAACCACCACCUGCGGGCGAUCACGAAGCUCGAGAUCAGCCGGCCCCCGCUCAACUACAUAGACUCCUGCUACCACCUCCAAUACCUGCCCUCCUUCCGCCGCAUCCGCCGGCCGUCCUCCACCAACUCUUCCUCUUCCUCCUCUUCCUCGGUCCUCUUCCCCUUCCCCCUCCCAUUCUCCCUCCCAUUCCCCCUCCCUCGCAACCCCGCAACCCACCCUCUACAAAAUCAACCGCAAACUCACCUCCUUCACCCGCUACCGCGCCGGGGACAUCCCGAUCUACACGCCCCGCGCCCCCACAGCCUGGGACGAGGCCUGCACGCGCCUCCUCCCGCGCCUGCCGGCCCUGCGCGAGCUGCGCGUCUCGCUCAAGCGGCCACGGACCACCCCGCGCCUCGGCCCGCGCCUCGGCCCGCGCUGCGACGGCUGCGACGGCUGCGGACAGGUGCUGCGCCUGCGCGUCUUUGA